UCAUAUUUAUUUGGAAAAACCCGAUUUUCUUUCUAUUUUUAGACACCAAAUAGGUUUUAAGUGUCUUCGCUACCAGGUCUCCGAAAAAUUUGUCAAUAGCGAGAUGUUUAGGGGUUACAACUGUAACUCCACUUCGUCAGAGGGUUCUAUCCAUAUAUUUAGGUUACGCUUUGGAGGAGAGUAUCCGAUGGUUGGGGGACGGUUUGGGAGGGUUCCGAUAGAAAAAUACCUGUAGCAUUUCUUUGCAUUUUUUUGGGACAGGUAACCUUAAACUAGAAACAGUUGUUUUGAUCUUUUUCAGAAGCGUUGUAGUGAAUUUUAUGAACUGAGAAUAGGAGAUUGUGCUUUGUAUAUGGUUAAUCAGGAUGGUCCAGUUCUCUAGCACCUCUGGCUAAACCAGCCCUAGGUAAAGCCAAAGGGAUUUCCAUGAAAUGAGAAGUGAAGGUCCGCUAAUAACCUAUUAUUAGUAAUAGCUUACUCUUUCUGAUCGCGAUAGAAGAAGUGGACUUAUUUUGGUAACUUAUUUAACCUUUUUAUGUUGUUUCUUACUUUGGGCGUUUUUGCAUGAACAAUUGACUGGUGAUAAAAUUCUCUGGAGAGAGACUGAUAGAUGGAAAACUUUGAAAUAAUAUUAUGAGUAUUCCACCUGGUGAGCUCUUUUUGUGAGCUGACGAUUAUGUGCUGAGUAUAUGUUACCGGAAUGCUUCAAUAUGGAACUAACCUUCUUCAAGCAGUGGGCCAGUUCAACGGUCAUUUUAUCAUAGUUCUUGCCUUCAUGAGCAACUCAUCAUUGCCUGAAGCUCCUGUGCUUGAGGAUUAUGUUCUGUCUGGAACUCCUAUGACCGAUUCAGAAAAUGACAUCAUUGAGGGGCCAUCACGAAUAUCCCUUAUGUGUCCUAUAAGGUAUGCCUUGAUACUUGUGUCAACUUCAGUGCUUAUAUUUUUCUCGUAUAAAUGCAAUGCUGCUCUAUUUGUAAUUUUGAUGUUACUGCAUGCUUUGGGAGAUAAAGGUUUGCUGGUUAUUUUGGUCUAGCAAGUUGGUACUGCUGUUCACGGGCUAAGAGCAAUUGCAAUGGUUGCAAUAUAUUGGGGUAUGGGUGAAUUGACACCAGUCGGUGUUAUGGGUCCUUGAUAUGAAUCAAAUCCUUAACCUAAGUACUAAUCAAGUCCUUAAUCUUAGGCUUCUUCUCCUAUGUUUUGAGGCUGUUACAGGUCUUAAAGUUAAUCUCAAUAAGACUGAAUAACAACAGUUCAAAUAUGGUGGCAGAUGUCCUCGCCUGAGUUAGCACUUUCCCCUCCACCAGUCGAGUUCUCUUGCUAAAUCUCCCAGUAUAUCACCUGUCUCCUUUCCCCAUUCCAGCUUCGGUGAGUAGAGAGACUUGAAGCCAUCUAAAGAAGAUUUCUCUUGCGGAAUAUGGAGAGAAGUGAAAUAAUCCAGAUUUUAAUUGAUUAAACCCGGACAAUAACUUAAUACGAAUUAGGGUUUGGACAAGUAAACUGGACAAAAUUUAUGUACUUGGACCCAGAUCCGUUUUAAAACCGGACAAAAUUUUUGUGUUAGAUCCGAGUUUUAGACAUAUAACUUAUGUCAAAACUUGCUUUAAUUCGGAUUUGACAAAUUCGAUUAUUCGGAUCGUACAAAAUUUUAUCACCCCUACUUCAAUAGGGCCUAACAAGGAUCUCUUGGGAAGUGGCUUUGGAGGUUCACAAAAGAAAACAUGGGGAUCUAUAUGUCCAGAGUCCAGAGACGUGUACAGAGUUUUAAAAUGGGAUUUCCUUAUACCUGAUAAUCCUAUAUACGGGUUUUUUUUUUGAGGCCCAAAGAACGCUCGUGAAGUCGUGAAGCAAUGAAGUUAUGUGGACCUGCUUCUAAUGGGCCUAUGCUAUUAAAUUUUUAGCUUAUUUCUUAUUGGAGACCCAAGGAAUGCUAGUGAUUAGUGAAGCAUGAAGCUUAUCCAGCCUGCUCCUAAUGGGCUUAGCCUAUUAAAGUUUUAGCCCAAUUAAGAGAAUCUUGUCGUUAACCACUAUUAAGGUCCGAAACGCCCUAAAGCCUAGAAGGCCCACAUGGCCACAUGGGGACCUUACCCAUUCCUGCAAAGAAAGCGGAAAUCACGGGAUCACGUGACCAAGAGAAUGAGUGAUGAAAUCAGAUGAAAGACUUGAUAGUUGAGACUUGAGACAUGCAGAAGAGGUGUAAUGAUUAGACUUCCCCCUAUCACAUGCCUUCUCUCUCUGCAAACCUUUUUUUUUUCUUUUUUCCUUCCUUCUUCUUCUUCCUAAAUCACAUUACUGAAUAUUCUCCCUUUUGGAUUAUGAAUUGCCACGGAUUUGUUCUCAAUGUGAGAGAUGCAAGACUUUAUUUAUAUGUCAUUCGAAUGGGUUAUGCAAAUUCGAUGUGAAAUUAUAAAUCUUGACAAAACCUAGCUAAAAAUAUUCAUAACACUGAUCCAUCUUAUAGGAAUUGCAAUUCCAAAGUUCUCAUAAGCGUCACAUAAUAUUGAACAAUAAAACUGACCUAGAAAAGUAGAAUAUAUAAGAAAUUAAGAUGGGUCGUUUUCCGGCUGCAUUAUUUGAAGAUGAUAUGAAUGGAUCUCUAUGUUUACACAUUCAUUGAAGAAGAACAUUAAUGCAUGUGGGAGAGGAGGGAGGGUAUCAGAGAAAGCACAUGCAUGUAUGCAUAAUGCACAGGCCAGUCCAAAUGACUAAGGCAUUAUAGUCAAAUCUGGGGCCAUCCCUUUCCUUCACAAAAAAAAAAAAAGUUCCAUCUUUGUGUCUUCUUUAGUUUCUGACUUUCUACCAUUUUUUGAAAACGUCUCUUUAUCCUAACUCUGAUUUAUGUACCAGUAUUACUUUCAAUAAUUCAUAGUUUAUGUCCUUGCCAUCUUGUUGUUGCAGCUUUUCAUUCUCAUGACUCUCUCUCUCCCUCUCUCUCUCUCUAUAUAUAUAUAUAUAUAUAUAGAUUCUUUCAUAAAUAUAUUCAUUAAAUAUGAUAUUAAGGGAAGAAUGUUGGCCGGAGGUAAAUGAUGCUGUAGGGCAUAUUACAAUACAAUUAUUACCAAAGAACCCCAGGGAGGGAAAAAAAGAAAGCUUUGGGCCUUUGGCACAUGUCGAAAACACUAAUUAUUAUGUCCCAUAUUUUUUUUUUCUUCUCUAGGUUAGUGGGGAGUAGGGGAAGGGAUGCCCCAUGUCAACUUAGGCAUAAAUAUUUUCUCUACUUAUUGAAGAUAUGUACAUAUUAAUAGCCUAUUCGUAAUUUGUAAUGAUCGAGUUCCUCUAAUUAUUAGCAUAAAAGAUAAUAUAAUUUGAGCAUAUCCAAUGAUUUUUCAUCA